GCUUCGGACACUUGAGGCGCUUUCCACAUGGAGCUGAGUUUCCAUAUUGCUUCCCGUCACCGCCGCACAGCAAUUUAUAGCCGGCAAACCGGAGCUCGGCCUCCUAGCUCUUCCAUUCCACGGUGCAGCAGAGCCACAGAGCGCACACAGGCGCCCUCUGAACUCGAGGCCGGCGGCCGGAGACUGACCACCAUCAGGAUGAGCGAUCGGAGGUACGGGUACUCGUACCCGCCACCGCAGGGGUACUACAACAAUGGACCGCCGGUGAUGGCGCCGCCGCAGUACCAGUAUGCCGCUCCGCCGCGGCGGGAGCCGAGCUUCCUCGAGGGAUGCCUUGCUGCCCUGUGCUGCUGCUGCCUCCUGGACGAGUGCUGCUGCGACCCGUCCGUCAUAUUCGUGAGCUGAUCACCCGAUAAGUCCCAGCCCAGCGAUAUAUAUACAUAUAUGCAUGUAUGUACAGUAUAGCCCAGAAAUAUGUGUGUCUUUGUUGGGGAUGAUGUGUUCAGGCUAUACAUAUACAGUGGUUUAUCGCAAGUCCUCCGGUUAGUUCCGAGCCUCAGGAUCAGACAGACGAUGAUCGUGCUCUGAUCCAGGUGUUGCUCAUGCAUAUCCGGCACAUGUUUACAGCUCAUAUAUUGUUUGAACACAAGUACACAACGCAAUACGAUAUCUAUGUACGUGUAACCAAGUAUUUGAAUAAAUUACGGUGGACACAGAAAGUUUCUUGGGAGUGA